AAUGAACAGACCGUAUCCUUAUCGACAUCUACCGUCUGUAAAGGCUCUACCAUCUUCCAAAAUGUCCACCCAGCUUGCACUUUCCUUCCGUAGUCUUUCGAUUGCCAACCGUCGCUUGCUUCCAGCCAUUCCUGUCAGCCAUCAACGCGGCCUCAAAACUCAAUCAGCUGCAACAAAGAAGACUCAGACUGUCGCGAAAUCCACCACCAAGGUCACCACCAAGAAAACCAAGCCAGUUGAAAAGCCAAAGGUUGAAAAACCACGUUACAAAGAUUCCAUCUUUGCCGCGCUCCCAAAACGCCCUCAUUCUGCAUGGCAGAUUUACCUUACCGAUCAGCUUCCCAACAUGCAACACAACGGCAAGAUUAGCGUUGCUUCAGCUACAGCAGAACUUGGACCACAGUGGAGGAGUAUGUCUGAACAGGAGAAGCAGCCAUAUCUUGAUAGAUGGGCUAAGCAAAAGGAGGAUUGGAGUAAAAAGCGUGAGGCGAUUCUAGCAAAAGCCACGCCAUACGAAAUCUAUCGCGAGAACUUGCUUCGAAAGAAGCUUGGAGAACCACUUGUGAAGGAUCCUAAUGCACCAAAGAAGGCUAAAAAUGGUUUCAUGUUCUAUGUUGAAGAGCUUCGAAACACUGGACAGGCUGACUACUCACAAGGCAUAGCUCAUCAUGCCAAAGUUGCUGGAGUGAAGUGGGGAGGUCUAAGUGAAUCUGAAAAGAAGAAAUUCCUUGACCUUGCGCAAAAGGAUAGUGAACGCUACCACGAAGAGAUCAAGUCUUACAAUGCAAAGAUCCAUGCAGACUAACUAACUGCCGGGUAAUUAGCUAAACUCUGUCCUUCCUUAAUACAUUUCUGUCGCGACGAACGGAUGUGCGAAGAAUAUGUUGUUUCUUUCAUUUUUCUAUGGUUUUAUUAAGGUGUUAUCUACGCACACCCUGUUACGAAUGUUUCUAUGCCUGCUACCAUGAACAAAUUUUUGUCUUGUUAAAU